AUGUCAAAAACGUCGCAGAGUCCAAAUAAAUUGCAACGCCAGGUGAUAGCGGAGGAGACCCAUUCGCUAACCUCACAGAUUCUCAACUCAACCGAAGCCUCCACGGAGUCAAAUCUAUACCGUCGCCUCCUUCCAAGUAUCGCUCCGGUACGCGAUGGAAGAAAGCCAAAGAUAACAGUCCAAAACAGGGACACUUUUACUGCUGCAAAGUUGAUUCUGGACCGCGAACCCGGUGCCAAAAUUGGCGUUUUAAAUAUGGCUAGUGAAAAAAACCCUGGAGGAGGAUGGCUUCGUGGUGCGUUGGCGCAAGAGGAAGCACUUUGUAUUCGAAGUACAUUGGCCGCAACCCUUCACAAGCGAUACUACCCUCUCCCUGUAUUUGGCGCAAUCUGGUCCCCCAAAGUUGCCAUUUUCAGAGAUGAGAUAGGAGCAUGGUGUCGAGUCUAUGAAAGUAAGGAGAUUUUCACUGUCGGUGUUGUGAGUCUUGCAGCUUUGCGGCGUCCUCUAUUAACGCCAGACAAGAAACGGUUUGGUCGCCCAAAAGAUAUUGAAAUCCUCAAGGACAAAAUGCGACAAGUGUUCCGAGUCCUGGCACAAAACAAAGCGACUCAUUGUGUGCUCGGGGCGAUGGGCUGCGGAGCAUUCCAGAAUCCACCAUCCGAGGUCGCCAGGGUUUACAAGGAAGUAUUGGAAGAGACAGAAUGGAAGGGAAUUUUUGAGGAGAUUGUGUUUGCUGUUCUUGAUACUCGAGGGGAAGGAAACUAUGCGAUAUUUCGCAAUCAUAUAGAGAACAGUGCAUGA